CCGCGGCUGCUUGAAGAGACGAAACUAAUGUCCGGUCAUAAACAAGUACCACGUUUCCAAACCCCUUGAUUACUACAAUAAUAUACUAUAAACAUAUACUCCACCUGCUCUUCACGCUGCCAUUCCUCGUCUCUGUGUUUUUUCCCCAAACUUGAUUUUGUUUUGCUAUUCUACUUGAACACUAUACACAAUUACACAUACACUUGAAUCCCCAUCUAUCUAUUUGAUUUAUUAUAAUCAUGCAUUCCAAUCACUUGCUUCUCGAAGAGCCCAUCAGGAUGGCUUCAAUCCUCGAGCCCUCUAAAUCUAGCUUCUUUCCUGCAAUGACAAAGAUUGUGGGGACUUUGGGCCCAAAGUCACGAUCUGUUGACACUAUUUCGGGUUGUCUCAAAACUGGGAUGUCAGUGGCAAGAUUUGAUUUUUCAUGGGGUGAGCCUGAGUACCAUCAGGAGACGUUGGAAAAUCUCAAGAUCGCUGUCAAGAGUACCAAGAAACUAUGUGCUGUUAUGCUAGACACCGUGGGGCCUGAACUGCAGGUGGUUAAUAAAGUUGAAAAGUCUAUAGCACUUCUGGCAGAUAGUACUGUUAUCAUGACUCCUUAUCAAGGUCAGGAAGCCUCUUCUGAUGUGUUGCCAAUCAACUUUGAUGGACUAGCUAAGGCUGUCAAGAUUGGAGACACUAUUUUCGUUGGGCACUACCUGUUUACAGGAAGUGAAACAACAUCUGUUUGGUUAGAGGUUGAAAGCAUUAAAGGUGAUGAUGUGGUUUGCAAGAUAAAGAAUUCGGCAACAUUGGCUGGGUCAAUGUUUACACUCCAUGUCUGUCAAGUCCGUAUUGAAAUGCCUACCCUGUCUGAAAAAGAUAAAGAGGUCAUAAGCACAUGGGGUGUUAAAAACAAAAUCGACUUCCUCUCGCUAUCAUAUACACGACACGCUGAAGAUGUUCGCGAAGCCCGUGAAUUUCUAUCUAAGCUAGGUGAUCUGAGUCAGACUCAAAUUUUUGCCAAAAUUGAAAAUAUAGAAGGUUUAACUCAUUUUGACGAGAUCCUGCAAGAGGCAGAUGGUAUUAUCCUUUCCCGUGGAAAUCUUGGUAUAGAUCUACCACCAGAGAAGGUAUUUCUGUUUCAGAAAGCAGCUGUUUACAAGUGUAACAUGGCAGGGAAGCCUGCUGUGGUAACCCGUGUUGUUGAUAGCAUGACUGACAAUCUAAGGCCAACUCGUGCUGAAGCCACUGAUGUUGCUAAUGCUGUGUUGGAUGGAAGUGAUGCAAUUCUUCUUGGGGCUGAAACUCUGCGAGGGUUGUACCCAGUCGAGACUAUCUCUAUUGUUGGUAAAAUUUGUGCCGAGGCCGAGAAAGUCUUUAAUCAAGACAUGUAUUUCAAGAAGACUGUCAAAUAUGUUGGAGAACCAAUGACACAUUUGGAAUCAAUUGCUUCCUCAGCGGUACGUGCGGCUAUCAAGGUGAAGGCAUCUGUUAUCAUUUGUUUCACUUCAUCAGGCAGGGCUGCGAGAUUGAUUGCAAAGUAUAGGCCAACCAUGCCAGUUUUGUCAGUCGUCAUCCCACGGCUCAAGACAAAUCAACUACGGUGGAGUUUUAGUGGUGCAUUUGAGGCAAGGCAAUCACUUAUCGUCAGAGGACUGUUCCCAAUGCUUGCUGAUCCUCGCCAUCCUGCCGAAUCAACUAGUUCAACAAAUGAGUCUGUACUGAAGGUUGCACUUGAUCAUGGAAAGUCAUCAGGAGUCAUUAAGUCACAUGACAGGGUUGUAGUUUGCCAAAAAGUCGGUGAUGCAUCUGUGGUCAAGAUUAUUGAGCUUGAAGACUAAAAUUCUAGUAUUAAGCUGGCUUAAAGUAUAUAUCAUAACUCCACCAAUUUUGAAAAUGUCAGUGAACUUUGUGCCUGAUGAGCAAGCUGUUCAGAGCUUUGGGAUCGGCAUCCAUGCCAAUCUCUGCCACAUUUAUUAAGUAUGAAAUUUAGUGGGGAACUUGGAAUUAUGUAACUUAAUUUGAUUGCUUUGUUGUCACCGAAAAACAAACACAGUGACGGUAUUUCUCCCUGGAAGUGGGCUUUUUAAAUUAUUUUUAUGUUUAAA